AUGGAGGAGGACUUCUGGAAGCAGAAGGCGGCCGUUCGCUGGGUGGCUGAGGGCGAGCGGAACACUAGGUUCUUCCAGGGCUACGUUAGGCAGAAGCGUGCUAAGUCGUACAUCCAUAGUAUCGAGGCUGAUGGGUCAUCUUGGACCCAGGAGGCUCAGAUUCGGGAGUCGGCUGUUGCUCACUUCCAGACCCUCUUCACCUCUGACAGAGGGUCCCUCUGGAUAUGGGCCGAGGAAGGCCCAACAAGAGAGGGUAGUGAAAUGGAUCUUGGGAGAUGUCCAUUUGUGGUCACAUGGCUUUGGAUAAGAGGGACAGCUGUAUCCAACUGGCCGACAUCAAAUUUUGAAUUGCUGCUACCUUUGACCAGCGGGUUUUCCGGAAGAGCAGCUGUCGGUAGAGACAUGGAGCCAAAACGGAAACGAGUACCUUCUCCAAUAUGGGCCUGGCCCGACUCCGGGAUAAAGUCGCUCGAUUUAUCGGUGAUGUUCAAAGCUUCGCCGAUUUUGGAGGAAGAAGCCCUGGAAGAACCUAGUGUUCCGCUCGCCCUCUGCCACCCAGCGAACGGCCGCCUUCUGCUUCUAGAAAUCCUCCUCCAUAAGAAGUCAGAGCUGGUACUCGGCGUGGCAGCGGUGGGGGGAUGA